CAAUUUGGACAAUAUGUCUACUGUGUCUCUUAUAUCAGUUUCGUUUGACUACAUUUAACUUCUAUGAAAAUAGGAGCCGAACGAACAAGAUACAUUUAUGCGACGAUCGUAUAUUCGUAUUUUAAAUCGCAAAGUGGAUUGAUAUCGAUAUAUGGCUAUAGCAUGCGUUUCAAUAGUUUAAAUUGCAAAUUACGGUAACUAAAAUUUCGAUAAACAUCAAAUCUAUUAAUGGCAGAAGAAGAAAGGAUACCAUCUUUGCCAGAAAAAGAUGGAACCGAUACUUCUCAAUCAAAAGAUACUUAUACUCCGGAAGAGCCAACUUCGGAUAUCUCGAUUUCCUUGUUGGAUAUACAAAUGCCAGAAACACCAGACAGCACCAAAGGCCAGGCAAGCGAUGGUGAUACAUCAAGAUUGGAGAGUCCAAAGACAGUGAAACCAGUGCUUGGAAAAAUUCAAGCCAAAAAACGAUUAAUGGCAUUUGCUAAUCAAUUCAAAGCACUAUCUAAAUCCCAGGUUAAGCCAAACUUGUCUCAGCAUUCCACUGGAGCUUUAAAGACAAAAGAUAAAACUCAGGAUGAUAUAAAUAUAAAUAAAUCAAGAAAAAAGACAGAGGAAAAAAUUCUGGCUAUUGAAGAAAUUCGAAGGGAGGAAUCUAAAAGUAAAAUGUUACUCGCAGAAGCUAUGGCAGCAGCAAGUAUGGAAGAUGAAAAUCAUACUGGCAAGAAUACAUCUGGUUUACUUGAAAGUACAAGACAUACGAAAGAAAAAAAUAAACAUGAGGGAAUGAGCAAUGAUCGUAAAAAUAGAUCAUUGGACCGAAAAUAUUCAGAAAGGUAUCGACAUCGUGACAAAAUUGAUAAAGAUAGUUCAAAUCAGGAUGUUAAAGAUCGAAAUGGAAGUAUAGAACGUUUUACACAAAAAUCUCAGGAUAGAGAAAAGCAUAAGAAAGAUAAGAAAAAGAAAAAUGAUAAAAAUAAACGAGACAAUAGUAAAACAGAUACAAAUCGUAACAAGAAAGAAGGAAAGGAUAAAAAAGAAAACGAAAAAGAAAAACGAGACAAAAGAGAGAAUCGAAACAAAGAAUAAAAAGAAAAUGUAAAAGAAAAACGAAAUGAUGUAUCAGAAACUGAAAUAGAAGGCAAAGCUAAGAAAGAAAAAGACAAAUGGAAAGAAAAGGUAUUAUUGAAAAGUAACUCGUGGGCGGAAGUACGAAAAUCUGGCUUAACUAUUAACGAUAUUAUUCAUCUUAGAAAACGUGAUAAUUCAGAACGAUCUGUAAAAAUCAGAACAACGCAAGAUUAUACACGUUAUUUUGAACAGAUGUUAAUGUUAAGUAAUCACCGUAUAAAACGUCAAGCAUUGAUAGCUGACGGACUUGAUGGACCUAAAAAGUAUCCACCUGAAUCGAUUAAGUUGACGAAACGUGCAAAGGGACAUCAGUUAUUAUAUUGUGAAAAUCCACGCAUUUCUCUUUUGUUAGGCGUUUCGCAACUUCUGCAAGUCGUCACUCCUGAACGUCGCGAAAAGAUACGAGACAUAUGCGAGGCAUCCUUACCACGGAUCGAUGCAGAAGAUACAGUGCAAGAGAAACGUAAUUGGUAUCAACAAAUAAAUACGACUAAGCGUGAAAAAGAUACCAAGUGGCAGAUGACCAUACAGCUUCCUAAGUCAAAAUGGGAUAGUGAAGAUGAGGAAAUGUCGUCUGUCAAUGUAACGAAAGAAGAAACUGAAAAACCAGUAAACAAACUGCAUGUUUCCGUAAAUCAACAAGACAGAUGUUCCACAACUUCUAGUGUAGCGGAUGAUGACAAAAUUGAUAACGUCGAGGAUGUCAAGGAAAAUACAUCUAGUGAAAAGACCGAAAAUAUAAUGACAAAUGAUGAAGCUUCAACAUCUUCUUUACUACAGCCAGCUGGAAAUGAAAAGUUAGCUUCAGAAUAUGAACAAUUUAUGAAGAUGGUAUGCACUACAACUGACGUGUCUAAAGAAUAUUCUCCAAAGAAAAACCCUGUUAAAUCUACUUCUCCACAUAGUUAUCAUGAAUUUAAUAUAGAAUCUAAUUUGGCUGAAGAUAACACGAACAUAGAAAUACCACUAAACGAAAAAUUUGAAGAAAAAGAUAAACAAGCUACGGAUGGGUCGAUAAAGAGUAUAGAAUGCGAGGAGUCUACUCUGUCAACAGACUGUCAAAUACAAGCCAAUGAAAGUAAUAUGCCAAUUAAACGUACAAACGAAAAUGACGCAUCUGAGGAUUCGAAGUCAAUCCCAAGUGAUUGGGAAAACGUUAGAAUCAAAGUUGAACGAUUGAGUGAUGAGAAUACUGAAUCAAGAGAAGCGAAGAAAAAGAAAAAAAAGAAAAUCAUAUCCAGCAGUGAUUCAUCUAGCAGUACCACCUCUUCGGAUUCAGAAAAGGAAAAAAAAAAGAAGAAACGCAAACGGAAGGUAGUAAGCAAUUCAUCUUCUUCCGAUUCUGAGAGUACGGAUAGUAGUAGUAGUAGUAGUAGCGACUCCAGUAGUUCGGAAGAAAGAAAGAAAAGAAAGCGGAAGAAAAAGAAAGUUGGGAAGAAAAGAAAAAAGGCAAAGCGCAUUGCGCGAAUAAAAAAGAAGCGAAAGAAGAGGAUGAGCACCGAUUCCAAUAGCAGUGAUUCAGAUGAACAUACAAAGAAGAAAAAGAAGAUCAAGAAGAAGACAGUGGAAGCAAAAUCUAUUAAUAAUGGAGAUUUAAGCAAAAUAAUAUCGAAAUCUCCUGUAAUAGCUUCACCUUCAGAUGGGACAAAGAUAUUGCAGUCAGUGACUCCAGCAAGGAAGAUUAAAGAAGAAACAGCAAGUGGAGACAGAAAGAGAUCCGAUCAAGUUAUAUCAACGACAAAAACUAUCGCUGAUAUACAUGACAAUGACCGCUUAAAACAGAAAAAGAAAAGAAAAGGAAGUAAGACUGACGAAAGUUUUUUGGAGCAAUGGGAAAUGGAUUCUGCGAUGACACUGCAACAAAAAGAUGACGAAAGUUCAAGUCAAGAUACUGGAGAAUUAGAAAAGAUGGAUGAUUUAGAAAAAGGUAAAAAUCGAAGGAAAAGAAAGCAUAGUCGAGAUAAUGUUGAGCAGGACAAAGAUAAAUCAUCUAAAGUUAAUGAAGAAAGGAUUCAUGAGGGAAAAGCAAACUCAGAUGAAGAAAUUGAAGCAAAAAAGAAGAAAAAAAGAGACAAAGAUAUUAAAAAUAGUACUGAGUUCCUUGCAAACUGGGAAAGAGAGAGUGAACGUAUUACUCAACAAAUACAAAACGAUGCUAAGUAUUUGAAGAAAUUGGGAAAGCAGAAGCAGGAGAAAUGGGGAGAAACUGAUUUUGACACAUUAAACGUGCCAUCUUUGACACAACUCGAAAAAGAGGUACAUCAAAAGCACCUUCUAGCGGAUGAGUGGGAAGUGGAUAGUUUGGAAGCGGGAUCGGAUCUAAUUACGAGUAAACGAAAAAGCAAUCAGGGUUCAUCGAAAAAAAUAGAGAAAGAAGUUAGGUAUGAUAAAACAACAGACACCUAUAUUGCAGUAGAAAAGGAAAGUUUGAGAGAAAUGAAAAAGAAGCAGGAACGUUUGUGUGCAAUAAGAAUAUGGGAGGAGGAGCAAGAAGAAGGUGAGAGAGAAGAGAUGAUGCUCUUGAAACAAAAGAGCAAGCAUAAAACGGAUGAUUGGGAUAUAGAAGAGGAAUCUCUUUUUCGCAAGACUACCGAAGAAAUGGAAGUGUGUAAGGUGAACGAUAUUAUCGCGAUAGAGAAAGAAUGGACUAAAACGAAUGAAAAAAAAGAUAUCAAAGAAGAUGCGAGUAAAUUAACUAACAAGCCAAGUAAACGAGUUAAAAAAAGUCGUUGGGAUAUGGGCUCUCAGUCUGAAGAAAAGUCGGAAGCUAAAGAUAUAUGGGAGGAAGAAUAUGCUGAAUGGUCCAAGACUAACAAGUGUGAGCAAGAAUUUGAAAACACAAAGAAAGAAGAACUUUGCCCUACAGAUUAUUCGGAGAGUUCUAGUAAAUCCGAUCUGAUGGAUUUCUAUCAUAGAAAACCACAGAGUAGAGAAUCAUUAGAGAGAACAUGGACAUCGGAAGAAAUGGCAAUCAGACCUGUGCAAGCAACGAAAGAUGUACCAAUGAAACAUUUAAUUCCUGCGAAAACAAAUGAAGAACUUGCAUCCGUUAAGGAACAUCAGACUACAGAUCAAUUUAAACAAAUUUCGGAAUCGGAUGUAAAAUUCAGUGAGAAGACCGUGGAACUAUACAGUCCCAGUUCUCCGGCACUUUCUCAAAAGUCUCAAGAUGUAGAAGUGUCUAAUGAGAGCAGUUCUUGUAAUUCUCUACUCCGUGAGAAAAGAAAGAAAGAAAUGUUAAUUACGAUAGACGAGCUAUCGAGUCCCAUGUCUGGGAUACCUUUACAAUUAACAAAGUUACGUGAUACUAAACAUGCCAGUGAAAAGGUGGAGAAUAUUUUGAACAAAGUACAGCUGGAGGACAAAGAUUCCGUUCAUAACUUUGACAUUAAAACCGCUGAUAAUUUGUUCGACGACAUUUCAAUAACUGAACCGUGCCCAAAGUUACAUACCUCAGGACGUAUGGAUAUUUUUGCGGAGUACGGAUCAGAGAAAUCGUGUGAUAAACAGCAUGCUGCAGGUUUCAAUGUAGGCUCGGCAACGCAUACGAAAGACGAUGAAGCGAAUGAAGUAAAGAACGCACUUAAACUUAUUCCCAAGCAGCUCUUGAUUCGUCGUACUAACGAACAAGCGAAACCGAAACGUAUUUUGGAAGCGCCAUUACAGGAUCCCGCUGAGCAUGCAGCAGCCCUAUUGACAAUACAGAAGAAGUUGUUAGAGUCACACGCGUUGAAAAAUGAUAUCAAAGAGUAUCCAAACGAGGCGCAAGCUGAUCAUUUUGACCAGAAAUGCGGUAGUAGAGACGUAGCAGCGAGCAACAGCAGAACCGACAAUUCAUUAGACACAACGGAAUUUUCUGUGGUUUCCAAAUCGUCAGUAGUAGCGAUACGACAAUCGAGAUCCCCGGCAUCGGAGAAGGCGGUCUCCGUUCGAUCUGAGCAGUCUGAGAACUAUGACAGAGAAAGCAAGAACGACGACGCGAAGAAAUACAAGACUAAUCGAAAUCCAAGCGAUACUAAUGUCCCGAACGUACGAUCUCCCGUGCGGGAGCAGAGGAAGAAAAGUCCCGGCAAGAAAGAAAGUGAGAAACGAUAUUCGCAUGAUAAGGAUAAGAAGGAAAGAAAAUCUGACGAUGCGGAGAAAUCCGAAAGAAGGGAUAGCAGAAGUUCCAAAGCGGACUUUGCAGAUAGGAGAAGAUCGAGUCCUUCAGGACGAGGAAGAAGGAGGAGAAGCAGAAGUCCAUAUGUCUCAUGGGAACGACAAGGAAGCGGGAGUAGAAGUCCUGGCCACAGCUGGAGCAGAAGUCGUAGUAAAAGUCCAAAGAGGAAGGACGAAGCUACUACCAGUACGCGAGACAGAGAUAAGAAAAGAGAGAGAUAUGACGAUGAACGAUCAAGUAGAUCGAGGACAGAUGAGAGAAAAGAGAGAUAUACGCGAUCUCCACCGCGAUUCGGUUACAACGAGGAUAACUUUAAAAAGCACAGUAUCGCAUCUUCUAAGAGCAAUCGUGAUGAUUGGGGUAGAAGAAGACAUGACAAUAUGGAUAGAGAACACGAGAAAGAUACUAGAUCGUAUGAUCCAAUGGAAAUUUUGAGGGAAAGAACAGGGGAAUCUGAAAAAUACAGAGAUAAUAGAUUUCACACAGAAGAAUUGGAUCAUACAUUGUGGCAAUAUGAAAGCAGUACUAUUUUACGAGAUGGUAACGAAUCCAUGGAUUCGUACACCGCCGGACAAGAUUUGCCUCUUGAAUAUGACGAUCGAUCGUAUUAUAGAGAAGGAAGUCUGGACAGAAAUAUGAUACAAUCUUCGCCUCAAUCAAAAUAUAGGAGAAGACCUAAUGCAAGAAGGGAACGGCAAUGGGAGAAGGACAAAGACCCUUCGGAUUUAGAUCGUCCAGGACACAGAUUGCGAAAUCGAACACCACCGCGUCUACGGUAUUCGCCUGUGCGUCAGGCUCCAGAACGGUUUCGACGAAAAUCUAGAUCGCGCUCAAGAUCUUGGUCACCGCUGAGAUCGCGAACACGAUCUAGGUCAAGGUCGGGAUCGCGUUCUAGAUCGACGUCGAGGACAAGACCGAGGAUGAGAUCGCAAUCGAGAUCGAGAAGCAGGUCUCCAUUUGACAUAAGAUCGAGAGACAAAUCUGCUUCUAUGUCAAGAUUAAGAAGCCCGGAACAUUCGUUCAGGAUGUCCGAAUUACGAUCUUCCAGAUCUCCCUCGCCCGGAAGGAGUAGGAUAAACGAAAUGGGAAGGGAGAGAACGGACGAUGACGAAAACAAAAAGUUUAACGCUUGUGGUGAAAGGGGUAGGCGUAUAGAGACUAUUGUACAGUCAGGGAUUAUGCCGGGAACAACCAUCUUGGACUCAGAAAUGAGUAUUAAUAGCAGUAUGGAUGCAGCUGUUGCGAACUUCCAAUAUCCAAAUGAAAUCGAAGGUGGAAAUGAAUAUUAUUACACAGAGAAUAAUUUGACUUACCCUCCUUGUAUAGAUGAGUCAUCUACGAGCUCACCGAAGCGUUUAUCUCUUGAUGAUAGAUUAGAAUUAGAAUUAGGUAUUAAAAAGCAACACAGCAAGGAUUCUAUUGGUGUAACUUCAGAAUAUUCUUCUAAUUUCAAUCCCAAUGUUAUUGCGUAUCCGUCUCCGCCUCCGCAACAGCAACAACAACAAAUGAUGUACAGACAGCAGCCUACAGUUGUACAGGUUGGAAAUGUUCUACAAGUAGUUCCUGCUGAUUUCAAUGGCAUGCCAUCGGCACGUCGCGAGGUAUCUGUUGCAACUGCGACCCCGCCCGUUCGAUCCGGAUCCAGUCAAGUGGUCCGCGUAGGUAACGUCCUCCAAGUAGUACCCACGUCACUAGAUUGGAGCAGCAGCAGUAACGGCGGCGGCCAGUCUUCGUCGACUGCAGAUCAAUCAAGUGGGGUUUUAUAUUCUUCAGCACACUCACCCUCGGCGCCCUCAGUCCCCAUAUCGGUACCCGUCCCUGUCCCGGUUCCAUUGCCCGUGCCACCAGCCUUACCCGCCGCGACGAAUACUCUUGUCCCCGUCGCGACUAUGUCACCCGCUACUCCACUGCCUCUAUCAUUGCCGGUACCUGUUCCUGUACCAGUCCCAAUUCCCCCCACGACAGCAGCAACGUUCCCGAGGAAUGAGGUUCAGCCACAAAAAAUAGUUCAACCUGUGUACAAUUACGAAGCUAUACUCGAGACGCGCCGUAAGGAGCAGGAAGAGCGUAAACGGUUACGCGAAUUACGCAGAAAAGAGAAAGAACGCAGGAGGAUAGAACGGAUUAAUCGACGAGCUUUGCGAUUACUAGAAAAGAAUAAUACAUCGCGACAAACGAGCGGAAUCCUGUUAGAUCACCGCAAAGGUGCGAUUGUGGAUCCGUCAGUGCUGAAGGCAUUGAAAGAAGGAGACGAACAAGCUGAAUCUUCAUCAGCCAAUCCUGUAAAAGAGGAAGAGGAGGUGGUGACAUCUAUUAAAGAAGAAGACGAAGACGCCGCCGCAGACGAAGAAGAUGAUGAUGAGGAUGAGAUUGAGGCUGAGGUGGAAGAUGACGAAGAAGAGGAAGAAGAAGCAGAGGAUGAAGAUGAGGAUGAUGAUGACGAUGAGAAACCAUUACAAAUGAUUAAUCAGCGAAUUGAAAUUGAUGAAGCGACAGCAGCGUCUGAUGCGAUUAAAGAUCAGGCGGAAAUUGAAAGUAGGAAGGAAUGGCCGGAAUUGCCACCUCCGCCAUUAAAAGGCAUAUUGGUUGUACCGGGAUUUAGAAGAGACGCUAUUCCCAAUGGUAAUUUGGAUGAUUUAUCGGAUGACAACAUCAAAGGUAGCGAUAAAGAUGAAGAAAUAGAUAAAAAUAAUGAAUGCGACAAAGACGUGGAGUCUGAUGCCAAAUCCGGUAAAUCAAAUUUAGCAAAAUUGGCAAAGAGGAACAAAAAAUCAGUUCAGUUUGCUGAUGGCGUGAAACCUGGUGAGGGGACUAGUCCCAGUGGUGGCGAAGGUGAUAUGCCUUCACCGCCUCCGCCGAAGAGUGUAGCUUUCCGCGAAGGAUUUGGAGAUUUGAGAAGGGAUAAGAUUUACAGUUCUCGAAAGAGCAGAAAGCAGGAGAAAAGAGCAAGACCACCAAAGACAAAAAAAAAGGUCAAGGUAAAGAUAAUCAAGUUGAAGAAACCACGCAUUACUCCAUUGACAGCUAUGAUGAUGGAUGAUUCUGACGAAAUGGACGACCGUUCGCCACCUCCGCCACCCCCUGGUUCUCCACCUCCGCCUCAUCUCUGGCCCAGUUAUCUUUCAAUCUACAAUACAACGGUUCGAGCCGUUGAACAACCACAAACUACGACGACAACCUUGACAUCUGUUCAAGCUCCACCACCACCGACUCCGUUGCCUCUUCUAAUCCCGCCUCCUCCGCUGAAUUAUACUAUCCAACCUUGCAGUAAAUCUUAAAUUAACGCUAGUCGUAGCGUCCAUUUUGUAAGCCAUUUUUUUUCUUAUAAAACAUAGUAAAAUAUCUGUGCGCUGGAAAUUAUAUUAGGCUGUAAAAGUGAGAACUGUACAUUGGUCUCGAAGUUGAGACUUCAAUAAUGAUAAAAGUUAAAAUGAUACCGGAGAAUAUAUUAUCAAUUGAUGUUGUAAAUAUCCUCGCAAUAUAUAAUUGUUUUUUUUUUUCGACCAAA